CCGCGCGCUCUUCCGCUCUUCGCGCUGGACUCCGCCGGAACCGCCAGGGAAGCAGGAAGCGCCUGGUGCCUGGCGCGAGGUGGUCAGGAUGGCGCGGUCCAGCUGGGGUCCCCCGCGGCUGGAUGGCUUCAUCCUCACCGAGCGCCUGGGCAGUGGCACGUACGCCACGGUGUACAAGGCCUACGCCAAGAAGGACACUCGAGAGGUGGUAGCCAUAAAAUGUGUGGCCAAGAAGAGCCUGAACAAGGCAUCGGUGGAAAACCUCCUGACAGAGAUUGAAAUCCUCAAGGGCAUUCGACACCCCCACAUCGUCCAGCUGAAAGACUUCCAGUGGGACAGUGACAACAUCUACCUCAUCAUGGAGUUCUGCGCAGGAGGUGACCUGUCUCGCUUCAUCCAUACCCGCCGGAUUCUACCUGAGAAGGUGGCUCGUGUCUUCAUGCAGCAGUUGGCUAGUGCCCUGCAGUUUCUGCACCAACGAAACAUAUCUCACCUGGAUCUGAAGCCACAGAACAUUCUGCUGAGCUCCUUGGAGAAGCCCCACCUCAAACUGGCAGACUUCGGCUUCUCACAGCACAUGUCCCCGUGGGAUGAGAAGCAUGUGCUCCGUGGCUCCCCUCUCUACAUGGCCCCUGAGAUGGUGUGUCAGCGGCAGUACGAUGCCCGUGUGGACCUCUGGUCCGUGGGGGUCAUUCUGUAUGAAGCCCUCUUCGGGCAGCCCCCCUUUGCCUCCAGGUCGUUCACAGAGCUGGAAGAGAAGAUCCGGAGUAACCGGGUUAUCGAGCUUCCCCUUCGGCCCCAGCUCUCCCCAGACUGCCAGGACCUGCUGCGGCGGCUCCUAGAGCGGGACCCUGGCCAUCGCAUCUCCUUCCAGGAUUUCUUCGCCCACCCCUGGGUGGACCUGGAGCACAUGCCCAGCGAGGAGAGCCUGGCACGAGCAACCACCCUGGUGGUGCAGGCUGUGAAGAAGGACCAGGAGGGGAAUGCUGCGGCUGCCUUAUCACUCUACUGCAAGGCCCUGGACUUCUUUGUGCCUGCCCUGCACUACGAAGUGGAUACACAGCGGAAGGAGGCGAUUAAGGCAAAGGUGCGACAGUACGUGUCCCGGGCUGAGGAGCUCAAGGCCAUCGUGUCCUCCUCCAAUCAGGCCCUGCUGAGGCAGGGGGCCUCUGCCCAAGUGCUGCUCAGAGAGAUGGCUCGGGACAAGCCACGCCUCCUGGCUGCUCUGGAAGUGGCUUCAGCUGCUGUGGCCAAGGAGGAGGAAGCUGGCGGAGAGCAGGACGCCCUGGGCCUGUACCAGCACAGCCUGGGGGAGCUGCUGCUGCUGCUGGCAGGAGAGCCCCCAGGCCGGAGGCGGGAGCUGCUUCACACUGAGGUUCAGAAUCUCAUGGCUCGAGCUGAAUACCUGAAGGAACAAAUCAAGCUUGCACUCUGCAGUGACUGCAAAAAGAUGACUAGACAGACCAUGGGCCACCUGAUUGAGGGACACACUAGGCUGAUGCCCAGAAUUCUGUGGCCCUCUGCACCAUGGCGGAGUAGUCUUCCUGGAUGGGCAUCUGCAGAUAAGGGCCCAGAGUUGCCCCUUAUCGGAUACAAACCUUCAGGGCUCUGAUGGCCGCCCUUGUGUGGGCUGGGAGACUGGGUCUGGCCCUCAGGGAGGGGAGCAGCCUCUGAGAGAGGAGUGUCUCAUGUGACUUUGGUUAACUGGUGACUGCUGGACCCUUAGUCUGUCAAUUUAGGGCAUCAAGACACUCUCAGAAGCAAAACCUGCUCAGAUAUAGCCUGUGCCCAUCCCUUUCCUUCCUGGAGCUCUGAUUUCAACUCCCCUCCGUCCUCGCGGUGGGCCCGGCGCUCAGGGACCCCUCAGGGACCGCCCACCAUGGUCUGCACUCGGCCCGCAGAACACCAGUCAUCUUGGAAGCUGAUGUCUGUCCACCCUCAGCAUUUUAAGUUAAUCCUGCAAGCCAGGAGAACAAUAUUUCGUAGGGUGGGGCAAAGUGAAGAAACUCAUGCCAGUUCCUGCCCUGCCCCAGAGGGUUUGGGGGAAGGGUCCCUAACCCUCGUGCCGCCAGCCGUCAUCUCUAGGAAACACCUUGUUUUCUGCAGAGCUGGUCCUGGCCUGGAGCGGAGGCAUGGCGCCUGCCCGUCUCCUCGGGUUUUGGAGACUCGGUAGCUCAGGAGACAUCUCAGGGCUGGUAUGGCUGCCAGCCCAGCAUGUGCCCUUCCCUUCUCUGGGCCUGGUCUUCCCCGCUCCAUGGGUGUUGCUGUUACCUCCUACCCCUCCCCCGUGGGGCUUUUAGGAGAACAAUGGUGUGUAUGCUGGAGUUAUUUGGGGAUUAGUUUUUAAAACUCUGGCUGUUGGUGAUUUCUAACCUUUCCACCCUUCAGUGCCUCCUGGGACAAGGGUCGUCUUUUCUGCCUUAUCAGAGGCCAGUGUAAAGUGUAUCAUUUAUUGUUUCCCUAUUAAAUUAUUUUCUGAA